AUGAGCAUCUGGGAGCUGCUCCUGGCUUUCGUGGUGGUGCUGCUGAUGCUCGUGGCCCUGCUGGCCAACGUGCUGGUGCUGAUGUGCUUCCUGUACAGCGCCGACAUCCGCAAGCAGGUCCCGGGAUUGUUCAUCCUCAACCUCACCUUCUGCAACCUGUUGAUGGCCGUGUCGAGCAUGCCCCUGACCUUGGCUGGGAUCAUUUACAAAAGUCAGCCGGGAGGAGAUCAGGUCUGCCACGUUGUGGGCUUCCUGGAGACUUUCCUCACCACCAACUCCAUGCUGAGCAUGGCAGCUCUGAGCAUUGACAGGUGGAUCGCUGUGGUCUUCCCUCUAAGUUAUCACUCCAAGAUGAGGUACCGAGACGCUGCUCUCAUUCUGAGCUACACGUGGUUGCACUCAGCAUCCUUCCCCAUCGUGGCAGCUUCUCUCUCCUGGCUGGGUUUCCAUCACCUCUACGCCUCCUGCACGCUCUACAACAAGAGACCAGAGGACAGGACACAGUUUGUGAUUUUCACUGGGGUCUUUCACGCCCUCAGCUUCCUGCUGUCCCUCGUGGUCCUGUGUUUCACAUAUCUCAAAGUGCUGAAGGUGGCACGGUUCCACUGUAAGCGGAUCGACGUGAUCACUAUGCAGACCCUGGUGCUGCUUGUGGACAUCCACCCCAGCGUGCGAGAGCGUUGUCUCGAAGAGCAGAGGAGGCGGAGGCAGCGGGCAACGAAGAAAAUAAGCACCUUUAUUGGAACUUUCAUUCUUUGCUUUGCACCUUAUGUGAUCACCAGACUUGUUGAAUUAUCCUCUGUGGUCCACAUCAACUCCCACUGGGGGAUCAUCUCCAAGUGCUUAGCUUACAGCAAAGCUGUCUCAGACCCUUUUGUGUACUCUUUGCUACGGCACCAGUACAAGAAGACGUGGAAGGACAUCCUAAACAAGCUGCUCAAGAGAAGCUCCAUCAACUCCUCGGCACAGAGACUUCACACCUCUGUCAGCUCCUUGUUCCUUGCCUCUAAAAAUCACUGA